ACAAAACAAUUGCUUCGACCAACCAACCAACCCAAACGGCUGCAAUGGCUCUCCUGGCGCGAAUCCUGAACGCCCGAGUGAGCCCGGCUGCCGGGCGAGGCGGGUUCCUGAGCGCCGGGGCUUCACGGCCCUCCCGGCCCGAGGGCGCCCGGCUGCCGGCGGGGACGCGGGCCGAGGACAAAGGACCGGGGAGGCCGGGAGCGCCGCGGGCCGGGGGCCGGGCCGAAGGGCCCCGCAGCCUCGCCGCCAUGCCGGGGCCCCGCAGCCUCUCCAACCUGGUGGAGUUCUUCUGGAAGGACGGCUUCAGCCGCAUCCACGAGAUCCAGCAGAAGCACACACAGGAAUAUGGAAAAAUCUUCAAGUCUCACUUUGGUCUUCAGUCUGUAGUAUCUAUUGCAGACCGAGACAUGGUGGCUCAGGUGCUCCGGGCAGAGGGGGCCGUGCCCCAGAGAGCCGACAUGGGGUCCUGGCAGGAGUACCGACACUUACGAGGGAGAUCCACCGGGCUCAUCUCAGCGGAGGGUGAACAGUGGCUCAAGAUGAGACGUGUAUUGAGACAAAGAAUUCUGAAACCAAGAGAUGUGGCCAUUUUUUCAGGAGAAAUCAACCAAGUUAUUGCUGAUUUAAUUAAAAGAAUCUACAUCCUCAAGAGCCAGGCAGAAGAUGGAGAAACUGUGACCAAUGUCAAUGACCUUUUCUUCAAAUAUUCAAUGGAAGGGGUGGCCACCAUCCUUUAUGAGAGCCGCCUGGGCUGCCUGGAGAACAGCGUCCCACAGCCCACCGUGGACUACAUCGAGGCUCUGGGGCUCAUGUUCAGCAUGUUCAAGACCUCCAUGUACGCGGGCGCCAUCCCCAGGUGGCUGCGCCCCUUCAUCCCGAAACCCUGGCGGGAGUUCUGCAGGUCCUGGGACGGACUCUUCAAAUUCAGCCAAAUCCACGUUGACAACAAGCUGAGGGACAUACAGUGCCACAUGGACCGUGGGGAGAGUGUGAGUGGGGGGCUGCUCACAUGCCUCUUCCUCAGUCAGGAGCUGACACUGGAGGAGAUCUACGCCAACACCACAGAGAUGCUGCUGGCUGGCGUUGACACGACGUCCUUCACCUUAUCCUGGGCAGUGUAUCUCCUCGCGAGGCACCCAGAAGUGCAGCAGAUCGUGUACCGGGAGAUCGUUAAGAAUUUGGGGGAAAGGCAUGUCCCAACGGCAGCCGACGUCCCCAAAGUCCCACUGGUCAGAGCUCUGCUGAAGGAAACGCUGAGGCUGUUUCCAGUGCUGCCGGGGAAUGGCCGAGUCACCCAGGAAGACCUGGUCAUUGGCGGGUACCUGAUUCCCAAAGGCACCCAGCUGGCCCUCUGCCACUAUGCCACGUCCUAUGCGGAUGAGAACUUCCCUCGGCCCAGGGAGUUCCGGCCGGAGCGCUGGCUGCGGAAGGGAAGCCUGGACCGAGUUGACAACUUUGGGUCCAUCCCCUUUGGGUACGGGGUUCGGAGCUGCAUCGGGCAGAGAAUCGCAGAGCUGGAGAUCCACCUCCUCUUGAUCCAGUUGCUUCAGCAUUUUGAGAUCAAAACAUCCUCUUGGACUAAAGCCGUUCCUGCAAAAACCCAUGGGCUGCUGAUGCCAGGGGGGCCCAUCCACGUGCGUUUUGUUAACAGAAAGUGAGCCUGGAUUUUUAAACCCAGCCAGCCUCCUGACACAGACCGGGUGUUCCAGUGUCACUGAUGAUGGCGGAGGAGGGAAGCCAUCCCUUUUAGAGGCCGUCUUGGUAAUAAACUGGCCCCCCAUGUUCUGGGAGACUUGUACAUCUUUAUGCAGAGUAAUUUGAAGAGAUUAUAUGACUUUUGCAAACCAGUGUUGCUUUUUCUUUGGAGAAACGACUGUUUAAAAACGAGGGGCACUGAAUCCUGGUGUCUCCUCUGUGGUCUUACCCUUGUGCUAUACUUGAUAUUCAAUAGUCUCCUAUGCAUUUGUGCAAGGAAAUGUUGGUUUACUUAUAAAUUCCGUGCUUGAAUAUAUGUUCUGUCAUACUGUACCAGGACUCUAUAUCAGGAGGCAAAUGCAACUUACUGUUUCUAAUUAGAAGAGGGAACAUUAUGAAUGUCUCUGUAAUAACUGUGAGUAUGGGAAGAAAGCACCAGAGUCAACAUUUUAUCCUGAGCACCUGAGAUUUAGAUCCUGCCGAAGGGCUCAAAAUUAAAAGAACCAUAUUCUUAUUUUUCUCUCCAAACUGGUGCUUCCUUUUCUAGUAACUCCUAAAGAAGUUGAAGAUUAGCUUUUGUUUGAAAGAAAUUAUCAAUAAAAAAUAGAACUCCUGUGAAAUCCAGAAUAAUUGGAUUUUCUAACCAAGUGUAAACACUAAGAUGUAUAAGAAAAUCUGACUGUGUGGAAUUUCAUUGCCUCAGUUGAGAAAAAUGAAUUAGACAAGCAUUGUGGAAAGCCAUGUAACUUUAGAACAUUUUUAUUUCAAGGAAAAAUAAACAUAAAAGUGGACAUGCUAUAGAUAAAAUAAUAUUUUGAUCUUCAUGGUGUUAUUUUAAAUAUCUGAACCGGAAAUGUGAUCCAGCUGUUGGUGCUUAUGUAAGGCUCCAACCAGACGCCUUGGGCCUCAGGAUUGUUCGCUCACGCCAAGCUCUGUUGCGUUUCAUGCUACUUGCUGAUCGCUAAUAAGAAAGAACACCAUUUUGUAACAUUCUCCCUGCAUAGUCAUGCUUGAAACUGCUUCUUCUCAAUCCCACAAAUCUUUUCACAGAGUCCUUCCCCCAAAUCACUUGCCUACUAAUACAUACCAUACAUCUCCCCCCGCACUUUAGUUAGUCAUGACGCAAAGUAACCCUUAAAUAAAAUAGAAAUAAUAGCCAUUUCACAUACCAUCUUUGUUAAAGUAUGUAGAAAUCUUUGUUAAAGCUGGAGAAAUCCCCCAGAGGAUUUUGAAAACAGGGGUUGGGUCUUAAAAAAAAGGAGUUCAUGUUUCCUUAAGCCUCUGGAGUAAGCCAAUUUGUGUGCGGGUCUUUCUCUCCUCUCUUUUAUGGAUAAGAAAUCUAAGACAGAGAGAUGAAGUAUUUUGCCUGAUAUGUCAUAGUUGGUAAGUGGCACAGCC